AUGCAGCGACCUCGUGGAGAUCUAGUGGCGGUAAAUGCCCUCUGGAUGGUAGGCCAUGUUCAGAGCGUGCUGGCCUGCGAGAUUCGUUUGCAAAGCUUGAACCUCGAGGAUUUCAUGGCCCCGCGCCAUGAGGUGCACCCAGACAUCUUCACUCUCUCCGGAACUUGGCCGGGUGGACCCCUGGGCCCAUUGGUGGCCUUUCGCACUGAUGAUCGGCCUGGUGCACCCGAGGCAGAGGGGCUCCAACGUGCCCGAUCUGUGCAAUUGGCCUCUGUGGCUACUCCCCUGGCAUGUUCGAUUCAGAGAUCACUUCCUGACCCUCCGACCGGUCUCACCGGUCUCUGGGAUCACGGCUUGAAGCGAUGUCCUAUUGCUGAGGCCGCAUUUUUGGAGUGGUGGAGUCUGAUGGAAAGCAAGAGCAAGGCGACAGUGAUGGCACGCAAUGUGCAGCUGCAAGAAUCCUUCGGACACGCGAAGGCAGAAGCGGAUGGGAGCCGCGUUAGCAGCGUCCUGCUUUGCUGCAUAGCUGGUCUUCUGGUGCUUUCCAAAGCGGAAUCCCGUCUGCCGUCUGUUGACGGAAAGAAGUCUGGCGAUUGGCUUCCAAGUUGCCUAGCAGAGCUGCUAAGCACUGCAAACUCCUGCUGGGAAGCUCUGGACCUGCAGCAUGCUAGCACUAGGCGAACAUUGCUUGUUGCGAAACCUUUGUGUCAGCACCUAGUGGUGCAAGGCACAGGUGACGAGUGGCAAAAGUUCGCGGACUUCGUGGACGAGUGUUUCUCUCGGAAAGCCGAGAUGUCACCCAAUGCUCUGCGGUCGGUUGUCCGGAAGCCAUGUGAUGUUGCUGGCUGUAGUUGUGUUGCUGUGUGCAGGGUUCGCAAACAUGAUGCUUAUGGGCCUGCGGGCUUUCGCUGUUACCGCCACAAGACUGCUCUUCAGUCACGAGUGCGGAGGCAAUGUGACGUUGCCGGCUGCACUUCCGUUGCUGUACGCAGGGUGUGCAAACAUGACGCUCACGGUCCUGCCGGCCUCCGCUGUGACCACCACAGAAAGAGGCUGCAAGGUGUGAGAAGGCGGUGCGAAGUCGCCGGCUGUACUUCCAAAGCUGCUCGCUUAGUAUUGAGAGACGACGUUCACGGCCCCGCGGGCUUUCGCUGCGAAGUCCACGGCGGACGGCCUACUUGCACCGUGCCUGGAUGCAAGCGGUCCUCCAGUGGUAUCGUGUGCAAGGCGGAUCACUUGGGUCCGAGUGGGCUGCGGUGCAAAGCGCAUGGAGCCCAGCGCUGCACGAUCACCGGCUGCCAUCGGCAGGCUAAGUGCAACUCGCCGGAGGACCUCCUGGGGCCUGCGGGGCGGCGAUGCCCUCAACACAGUGCUGUUUGGCCCAAA